AUGCCAAAGGAUCGCGCGCGCGACGCGACGCAGUACCGCGGUACCCCUGGCGGACACACACUCCCCGUAAUCACAUAUUCGGUGAGCUCGAUACGCCUCGCCUCUCGUUCGCGGCGCGCGGCAACCUCACAGAAUGAGAGGCCAUCUAUUGUUAGCGCUCGUUGUUAGCGCUCGUCGACACCGUUACUGCUCGGUCGAAACGCAUCAACCGUACCGCGCGCAGGCGCCAACGGCCAUGGUUACAUGACCGAGCCGCCCUCGCGCCAGUUCGAGGCCUACGAGGCGAACGGCUGGCCUAACGAGGUGGCCGAGUGCGCGCGCCGCGUCCUCGCCUCUACGCCAAUAAACGCCAUCGACGGGACUUGUCACUCAGGUACGACCCCCACGGCGUCGCCGCCGGUGGUAUGUACAGCCAGUGCGACGGCUGCUCGUCGCGCGAGUGGUACGGCCCGAACCCCUGGUCCGCCCCUGGAACCGCUCGCGCGGUCGACUUCGUCAUGGGCGGCGCGGGCGACAACAUCCUCGGCGUCUGCGGCGCGUCGCCGAGCCGCGACAACGACUACAACCAGCCUCUCCCGGGCCAUUGGGGCACCGAGGCCAAGACCACCUACAAGGCCGGCGACGUGAUAGAUGUGGCCUGGUGCGUCUCGGCAGACCACGGUGGAGUCCCGCAAUUUCGCUUGUGCGACGACGAGGGCCUAUCAGCGACGGCCAGGUCGACGACGUCGUGGCCAUGUUGGUAGAGCUCCUCGAGACGGUCGGUGGCGACGGCAUCGACUUCGACUGGGAGCACCUCUCGGAGUACAAAGACAUCGACCCGGGCCUCCACGCGCAGCAGCGCCUCAUCGUCGGCAAGGUCAUCGUCGCGCUCAAGGACGCGCUCGUCGCCAAGGGCCUGGGCGACCGCAUCAUCUCCUUCACGCCGCGCUACAACGCGUUCUGGGACGGGGGUGCAUACGGCUCGGCCCAGUUCCGCACGGACGGUGAGGGCAUCGACGUCGUCGGAUAUGUGUCGGAAAAUUCUCCGUACGGCGUCGACGCGAUCGACUACGUCCAUUUCAUGAUGUGUCGGCGAUCGGCGUCGUUUAGACGCGCGGCGAUGGCGUAUGAUCUCGACGCGACUCGUCACCGCUCAAUUCCCGCGCAGAUGACAUCAACGCCCAGGAGGGCUUCCCCGGCGCGCCGGAGCAGUACUUCGUCCAGGAGCACUACGACGCGGUGCGUUUCUGAGUCAGAAACUUUCUCGAGAGAACAGAGCCCGACGGUCGCCCACACAGGUCAUCGACUCGUCCCUACAAUACAUCCCGGCCUCCAAGAUGGUCAUCGGCUUCGAGCCGGGGCCGCAGGCCUACACGGGCGUCAGCGGCGGCGUCGAGCACGAGAAGGGCAUCAUCUCCUACCUCAACGGAAAGGUGGGCGGCAUCAUGUUCUGGGCCGUCAACGAGGGCGCGUCCGGUGGUCCGAACGGCAACGGCCAGACGACGGGCGAGAACUCGGUCGCGCUCGCGAACUACGCGGCGGCACUCUGAUGGGCUCUUUAUCGAUCGGACGCUUUUCCCCCUCCUCUUCUCUCCCUCACGUUUCCCUCUCUCCUGUAAACUUGUAGAUACACGUACA